AUGGCUUCUCCUUCUUUUGCUAAUUACCUAGUGACACAAGAACAGUUCAACACGUUUCACAACAUUGAUCGCCUUCUAUUCACCUGGCUGGUUCACAGUCUCGGCCGCGAUCCCCGCGAGUCCAUGCAGGUGAUUGCACUGUGGAUAUGGCUCGAACAGGUAGGGCAAUGUCGUUAUUUGGUGGCUAACAUGUUGAAGUGGCCUGCCACUCUAAUAACUUCGUUGGCUGAUGAGGCUGUUCUACUGUUGACUUGCAUUGAAAGUAAUGAAAAAACUAUUGACGAUGUUCAUGUUCCUUUAACUCAACGAAUGACAAAAGACGGAGUUUCUUUAAAGUAUUUUCAUGAGAAUCGCCUGGCCAUCAUUCAUGGAGUUACAAGGAACAUUAAUGAUGUCUGCUCCAAGGCGUUUGUAGAUGUUUUGCCAAAUGUAUUAUUGCCUACUGUUAAUGAUAUUGCUGUUCAGAGAUCCCUUUUGAGGAGUGAUGAAAUGGUUGAGAUGUUGAGGCGUCUAGCAAUAAGUAGUAACAGUGAUGAGCAAGAGAUGAACAAGGAAGAAGUAGUACCACAAGAUGAGAGGACGAUUUUCUUGACUUUUUCAAAAGGAUACCCGAUUUCAAAAAAUGAAAUCAAAGACUUCUUCACAAGAAACUUCGGGGAGUGCAUUGAAACAAUAUGCAUGCAAGAAGCUGCAGCAGUAGAGCAGCCAUUAUAUGCACGUCUCGUAGUGUAUUCAGCUUCAGUAAUGGAAGUGGUGCUUGAUGGCCAGAGCAAAGCAAAAUUCUCCAUUAACGGAAAGCAUGUUUGGGCCAGAAAAUUUGUACGUAGAAACCAUAAAUCACCACCACGCUCAUAA